AUGAGUUAUUGUACCCUUUCUAAAGAACAAUUAAGUCAGAAAAAGUGUCUUCCAUGUGAAGGAGGAAUACCAAAACUAUCAAAUACAGAAUCUGAAGAAUUAUUAAAGAAUUUAAAUGAAAAUUGGAGAAUCAUUUACAAGGAUAAUGAAGCAUAUAUGGUAACAAGAAAAUGGAGAAUACCUUUUCCAAAGGGUCUCGAAUUAAUGUCACAGAUCGGAGCUUUAGCCGAGGACGAGAACCAUCACCCCGAUAUGUCCAUCAAUAUUUCAACACAUUUAAUUAUCCCAAGACAAGAAUAUUCGAGAAAGGAAUGA